AUGUCGGAGUCUCCGAAAGAAUCUUCGCACCGUUCAGCCGAAGAACAGCAGCAGCCGUUCAGAAUCAUUUGUCAUGGCGGAGAAGUAGGGCAGACGGAGCAGAGGAAACAGCAGACACAGCAGGAGCCGCAGCUGACACAGACACAGCAGGCGACUGAUUCAGAACCACAUGACCUACCUGUUGUUCCUCCGUGCUCCCUUCCCUCCCUCUCGGCAGAAUCUUCCCCUUCCUCCUCCUCCUCUUCCUCCCCUCUCCGCUCCUGUCUUCCCCGAGAGGAAAGGGCCUCCUCUCUCGGGCCAUCUGCGCAGCGACAUGCAGUUGAUCUCACCACCUCCUUCCCGCAGUUCAAGCGAGAAAUUGCCCGCAUCCGCUGCUUGGCAUCCCUCAAAUCCGCUGCAGCUGCAGCCGCUGCGGCUUCCUCUGGUGCCGCUUCCUCUCCUCAAGCUGGGUCUGCGUCUAGUAGAACGCACUCCAAAGAGCGGUGGCAGGAGUGGGCCGAGCAAAUGAAGGGAAAGAAGUUUCAUCCUCAUCAGCAAAACGAGCAGCAGGAAGAGGAAAACGAGGAGGACGAGUGGGCUGACCUAGUGCGUCCUCAGGUUUCCCAGUUCCUCUUUGAGACGUGUUUUUCGCCAGAACCCCCAUUGCCUCCUCGUGCAAACCUUCCUCUGGCGAAAUACUCUGAACUGUCAAGGAUGGAACGUAGAGAGCUCUCAAAUAGAGGGCAUGUCCUGAGGCCUGAAAAAGGGGAGAGAGUGCGAAAGGAGAGAAAGGUGGACGUGGAAGAGAGAGAGCGAGAGGAGGAGGAAGAGAAGGGAUUGGAGGGGAGGAGGGCGAAGGUGAACGAGUGCAGUGCAGAGGGGUUGAGAGCGGGAAGGGGAGGAGGUGGGGAGAGGGAGAGGGAGACGGGUAAGCUGGUGUGGGAGAAGCUAGAGCAGCAGCUCGAGGUGCAGAUAGAGGAGGAAGAGAGGCAAAACAAAUAUUUGGAGCAGCAGCGAUCAGAGAGCAGAGAGCAGAGCGGUGCUGCUGCUGGCGGGAAGAUGGUUGGGAGCUGUGAAGGGCAGGGUGGUGAGGUGGAUGGGUAUGGUGCUGAGGGGUUGAAUCCGGUACUGACGCCGGCCAAACCAUGCAUGCUUUCCCGGCUAAAUGCUGCUCGACGCCGCCCAUCUGAAGGCAGCAGUUUUGACAGCAAGAGUGUGGGAAUUGGAGGAGAGGAGAAGGGAGAGAUAAUAGGGAAGAUUGAUUGGACGAGUGAUCGAAGUGGGAUGGAGGGUGAGGGAGAGGAGGGGGAUGAGGAGGAGGAUGCGGAGGAGGAAGGAGAGGAGGAAGGGAAGAAGGGCGGGGAGAUGAUAUCUGCAAGGGAAGAGGCCAUGAUGCUACUUUGGGAGAUCCCGGGCAUAGGGACCGAGGAGGGGGAGGAGGAGGAGGAGGAGAGGAGGAGGGUGCGAUUAUGUCACUCCCUGGCAGCAGCAGCUGGGGAGAUUGCCAGUGGGGCUGUAAAUGUGGCAGGGGGGAUCAAACAAAGGGCGUUGAACGUGAGGGAGGGGAUUAAAGAAGGGGCAUUGAAUGUCAGGGAAGGAAUUAAGGAAGGGGCGUUGCAUUUCAAGGAAGAAGUAAAGGAAGGGGCGUUGCAUUUCAAGGAAGAAGUGAAGGAAGAAGCGUUGCAUUUCAAGAAAGAAGUGAAGGAAGGGGCGUUGCACGUCAAGGAAGAAAUUAAGGAUGGGGCGUUGAAUGUUAGGGAAGGGAUCAAAGAAAGGGUGUUGAACGUGAAGGAGGGGAUAAAGGGAGCGGUGAUGACUCUAACUGGGGCUGGGAUAUUGAAGGAGGGAGAGGAGGGGCAGGAGGAGAGGGAGUGGGGGGAGGAGGAGGAGGAGGAGGAGGAGGAGGAGGAGGAGGAGGAGGAGGAGGAGGAGGAGGAGGAGGAGGAGGAGGAGGAGGAGGAGGAGGGAACAGGUUUUUGCAGACGCUCGGUAAGUCGUAAAGCGGCGCCUGCUGAAGAGACAGUGCUUGUUCCCAUGGCCCGCGAGGGGGGAAGAGUGGUGAGAAGCAAGAGUGUGGGCCAGAAGGGAGUGAUUGAGCUGCUUCAAAACCUGGGAAGGUCUUCUCCAGGGGAGGUGGGAUCUGGAUUUGGGGUGCUUCCGAGCCUGGGGAGGUCUUAUCUGGGGGAGGUGGAGAUUGGUGCUGUUGGGUUUGCAAAGCUUGUACGGAGAUAUGAUGAUGAUGAGGAGGAGGAGGAGGAGGAGGAGGAGGAGGAGGAGGAGGAGGAGGAGGAGGAGGAGGAGGAGGAGGAGGAGGAGGAGGAGGAGGAGGAGGAGGAGGAGGAGGAGGAGGAGGAGGAGGAGGAGGAGGAGGAGGAGGAGGAGGAUGGUUUGGAGGAAGGAGAGACUUCGAGUGGGCGAGCGGUAGAGAGAAGGGCAUUGGAAGAGGGGAGCGCAUUGAAUGCAGGAGGAGGAUCGGAAGUGGAAGGAGGAUUAGGAAGGGGUUUGCAAGGGGGAGGAGGAUGGCAAAGAGCAGUCGCAGGAUGGGGUGCUUUGAGGAAGCUUGACAGUAGGCGGCGAGAUCGACAGUCUAGGUCAUCAUUUGAUUCUGAUCUACCUUCUGUGGAGGAAGAGGAGGUGAAACAGUAUUUGAGUGAGGAGGGGAGAGAAGGGGGGAAGGGAGAGGAUGGGCCGAAAGGGAGAGUGGUGGAUAGUGGGAGAGUGGAGGAGGAUGGCAGAGAGGUGGAGGGUGAAAGAGAGGAGGAGGAUGAAAGAGAGGAGGAGGAUAUAAGAGAGGAGGAGGAUGCAGGAGAGGAGGAGGAUGAAAGAAAGGAGGAUGAAACAGAGGGGGAGGAUGAAAUAGAGGAGGAUGGGAGAGAGGAGGAGGAUGGGAGAGAGGAGGAGGAUGGGAGAGAGGAGGACAAAAGACAGGGAGAGAAGGGGAGAGAGAUAGGGGAAGGAGGAGAUGCAACGCGGAGAAUAGGGAUGAAGGAAGGAGAGUUGGAGGGGGGGAAUAGGAGUGAAGGGGAGGAGCAACAGAGAGAGCCAGAGGAGGGAAGGUGCAUCGGGGAUGUGGGAGUUAGGCAGCAACCAAGACAGGCAGAGGAGGGUGGAAAGGUGCAAGGGGGGGAUGAGGUGGAGGGGGAGGGCGAGGUGGAGGGGGAGGGCGAGGUGGAGGGGCAACGAGGGGUCGAGGUACAAGGAGGGGCGAAGGAGAGUGCAGGGGUGAAGGGAGGAAAUACUUAA